AUGGGCAGUCUUUGCUGCCCUCCUGCUGCGCCGUCGCCAGUCAUCGUCCACAUUUAUGACGUGACAGGCACCGCGCCGAUGCAGGUUGUUAACGGCUUAUUGCGCCCUUUCGGCACGGGUGCCUUCCAUGCUGCCGUGGAAGUUCAUGGUAGAGAGUGGAGCUACGGGCUAACGCCAUGGGGUCCUGGCAUAUUUGAAAACCCACCAGGAGAGUGCGAUCAGCAUUCAUACCGGGAAUCGAUUCAAAUGGGCAACACGGACCUCACCCCCUUCGAAGUGCAGAUGCUCCUUGCCGACAUGGCCAAGCGAUGGCGUGGUCGGCAGUACGACUUGCUCAACAAGAACUGCACGCACUUCGCCGACGAGCUCUGCCAGCUUUUGGGGGUUGGAGAGCUUCCCUCCUGGGUGACGAAUUUGGCAGGAGCUGCCUCCAGAGUUGGCCCAGGACUCCGCGAACUGAGAGAAAGACUCUUCAACCCCUUCGGCUUCAGAGAGAACCCGGAGAAGAACGCAAUGGAGGCUUCUCGAUGA